AUGUGCGAGAUGAAGAUUCAAGGUUAUAGUACCUCUGCAGUGCGUGCUUUAGUCCAUCAGAUUCGGCAGGCUGCCUUUAAUCUUAUUCUCUAUGGAGGUUCUGAAUCUGCAGCUGUGACUGCUGCCAUGGUGGGUCUUGUAGAAGAGUCUAAGCUCAGUCUUGACGCGCUACGUGAAGAUAGACGUUCUGCAUUCAUGAUUUACUACGAUACUGUUAAGAUGCGGCAAGGUAUUGCAAAAGUUUUGACCAAACUUGAUGAAGAAGUUGCUUGCAAAACUACUGGUAAUGCUGGCACUCUCAUUAGUGCAACGAAGAAGCUGAUAGGGUCUAGCACUGAACUGAAUAAACAAUGUGAAAGGGACGGUGAGAACGGGAACAAGAAGACGAGCAAGAGUUUGCACAAUGUCGCUGAGGAGAGAGGACAUGCACUAAAGAACAAUGAAACUGGGACCAAGGCUGUGGCAUGUAAGAACUCUUAUAUCAUAUCACUACUCGUCUGA